AUGAAUAACUUAAGAGUGUUGUCCGUCUUGUUUAUUGUUGGUUGUCUGAUAAAAGGAUUGAAUGGGCAGUGUAGAACAGUAAGCGCUGGACGGGGCCAGUGUAUAUCAAUAUAUAACUGUCAGGAGCUGUUAGCACUGGCCAAGAGGAUGUUACCUCAAGAUAUAGAUGUAUUAAGGAGAUCAGAGUGUGGCCGUGUUAAUGGCGUACCUGCUGUGUGCUGUCCACAACAAAGACCAACACCAACACCACCACCGUCGAGGCCGCCGCCGCCGCCGCCUCCGCAACCACAAAACAAACAAUGCACCACACCCGACAACAAGUCUGGACAGUGUGUCAACUUAUAUUCCUGUCCAGUACUAGUUAAUAUGUUGAAGCAAUCUACUUCGCAGCAAAACAUUGAAUUCGUGCAAAGAUCAAGAUGUAGUGGCCCCGAUGCAUACAGCGUAUGCUGCCCUUCCUCGGCAGCCAAUACAGUUAAACCGAAAAACAAGUGUGAAGCUACAAUAUCUGCUUUACCACCGGAUUAUUCGUCUGGAUGCUGUGGUGUUGAUUCUAGUGUCAGUAAUAAGAUAUUUGGCGGUGAAGAAGCAACAAUAGAUCAAUACCCGUGGUUGGUACUCAUAGAGUACCAGAAGGGUGGACAGAUGAAGACAUCGUGUGGCGGUAGUCUUAUAAGUGGCAGAUAUGUUCUGACCGCUGCUCAUUGUCUCGUUGGACCAAUUUUAGAAAAGAGUGGCAAACCAACAAGAGUCCGCCUUGGGGAAUACGACAAGAACCACGAAGGACCUGAUUGUACGCAAGUGGAGGCUGGAGGUGAAGACUGCACAGAAGGCGUAGUCAGAAUACCUAUUGAGAAGACGAUAGCACAUCCAGAAUAUAACACCAGGAGUGGACCCAGGUGGCACGACAUAGGUUUGAUCAGAUUAAACCGCUUAGCACCUUACACAGAUUUUAUCCGUCCCAUCUGUCUCCCGAAACGCGACAUAACGCUUACCAUUAAUGCUGAUGACAAACUCACUACAGCUGGGUGGGGAGCUGUCAGCGAUAGGCAAGCCAGCAGCAGUGUAAAGCUCUUUGUCGACCUGCCUUUUGUAUCCCAAGACAUUUGUCAACCCGCUUACAACAAUUUAAAAAAAAAAGAGCCGCUGUCGAAAAAUCAGCUUUGUGCCGGAGGUGUAAAAGGCAAAGAUUCUUGCAGAGGUGACUCCGGAGGUCCUUUAAUGUUCGAACUGAACAGGCGACAUGAAGUCGUCGGUAUUGUCAGUUUUGGCCAUAGAGAAUGUGGCUUAGAAAAUAUUCCCGCAAUCUACACCCACGUAUACCAAUACGACUCUUGGAUUAGAAGUAACAUUACUCCUUAG